AUGUCUUCCAUCUGGGCCAAGGCCAAGCAGCAGUGGACGUGCACCACGUGCUACUCUGGGAACCCACUGGACGUGAACAAGUGCCGCGCGUGCGAGGCUGCUCGGCCAGGGACAGCCGCAGCAGAUGCCACGAAGAAGCCAGCCUCCGCCACCACAGGCGCGGACGCUGCCGGUGACAACAAGAAGCCUGCGUUCAAGUUUGGCGCAAGCACCAAGGCCGGUGAUGGCAAAGACGCUACCACCAAGGACGCCAGCAACAACAGCACCGCCACGACGAGCGGCAAGCCAGCCACCACUGGCGGAUCCUCCAUCUGGGCCAAGGCCAAGCAGCAGUGGACAUGCUCUGCAUGCUACUCUGGAAACCCACUGGACGUGGACAAGUGCCGUGCCUGCGAGGCCGCGCGGCCUGGUACCUCUGGUGUGAAGGAGGCAGCAUCUGCCGAUGCAAGUGCUGGUGAGACCGCUGCCAAGCCCGCAUUCAAGUUUGGUGCCAGCACGAGCAGCACCGCAGGUACGGCUGCGCCUUCCAGCGGGUUCAAGUUUGGCGCCAGCAAGUCAUCAUCUACAACGACCCCCGCAACCACUGGCGGCUUUAAGUUUGGCGCCUCUUCAUCCACAGCAACCACCAAGCCCGCUUCCGGCGGGUUCAAGUUUGGAGCAAGCACGAGCACCUCCAAGCCGGCAGCGACGGGCGGCUUCAAGUUUGGAGCCGCAACAGCCAAGGACGAGGAGAAGAAGGGAGAGGACGGACAGGAAGAAGACAAGGAAGAAGACAAGGAGGAAGACAAGGGGGAGGAGAAGGAGGAAGACAAGAAGGAAGACAAGGAGGAGGAGAAGGAGGAAGACAAGAAGCCUGCCACGCGUGCAACCCGCCGCACGACGCGCAGCGCCAAGAAGAAGGCUGAGGAGGAAGGCAGUGCCGAGGACGGUGAUGCUGAUGCUGAUGCUGAUGCUGACGAGAACCAGCCCAAGAAGCGGGCAAAGCGCACGUGAGACACGCGACUGCUGCUGCUGCUGCUGCUGCUGCUGCUGCUGCUGCAUCUUCCUUCUCCUUCUUCUUCUUUUUCCUCUUUUCUGUUCGUGUGGGCACAGCCACGCGAUGGGUUGUUGGUUGUGUAGUGGGGGGGGAUGAUAAGUGACGAGAGGGGGCGCGGUUGUUGGGGGAUGCGAUCUGGUGGGCGAUGAGGGUGGUAGCUGACUCUGAUGAUGGGCUGUGUGCUCCCGUGCUUUGACCGCACACAUCAACCAGUAAACAAGACGAACAAC